AUGACCAGUAAGUUUUUUGACCUGCUCGAUGCGCGCGCGAAGAGUACGCUGCUUUGCGUCGGCCUGGAUCCUCGCUCGAAAACCCCCGAGGAGGCCCUCCAGGAGUGCUGCCGUCUCGUCGACCAGACCCAGGAGUACGCCGCGGCGUACAAGCCGAACGCCGCGUUUUUCGAGUUAUUUGGGCAGAAGGGUUGGCAGGUGCUGGAGGAGAUCAUCGCCCACAUCCCCAAGCAUAUUCCGGUGAUCCUGGAUGCGAAGCGCGGGGAUAUCGCCUCGACGGCGGAGGCCUACGCGAAGUCUGCAUUCGAGCGCCUCCACGCCAACGCCAUCACGGUCUCUCCCUACAUGGGCGGCGACUCUCUUUCCCCCUUCUUGCGCUACGCCGACCGCGGUGUGUUUGUGCUGUGCAAGACGUCGAACAAGGGCAGCAACGACCUGCAGUGCCUGCGGCUGGGGGGGAAGUACCUCUAUGAGGAGGUGGCGGAGCGCGCGGAGGGUGUGUGGAAUGGGAACCACAACGUCGGACUGGUGGUGGGGGCGACGGAUCCGGUGGCGUUGGCGCGCGUGCGCUCGCGUGCACCGUCGCUUUGGCUGCUCGUGCCCGGGAUCGGCGCGCAGGGUGGGAGCCUCAAGGCGGCUCUGCGGGCGGGCCUCCGCGCGGAUGACAGCGGGCUUCUGAUCAACGCCUCACGCUCGAUCGCGGCCGCCGAGGACCCCCGUGAGGCCGCGCGGAAGCUGUGCGAGGACAUUAACCUCAUACGCCGCGCGCGUGACUCGUCCAUGGAGCUCGCCCAGGCGCUGAUCGCCUCGCAGUGCGUCCGCUUUGGCGACUUUACGCUGAAGUCGGGGAAGAAGUCGCCGAUUUACAUCGACCUCCGCCGGUUGGUGGGGUACCCGGGGAUCAUGCGUCUCGUCGCGCGCGAGUACGCCAAGGUGCUCCGGCAUUACACCUUUGAUCGCAUUGUUGGACUGCCGUACGCCGCACUGCCCAUCGCGAGCGCGAUUUCGAUGGAGAUGAACGUGCCCCUGAUCUACCCUCGGCGUGAGGCGAAGGUCUACGGCACGAAGGCCGCCAUCGAGGGCGAGUACCGAAAGGGCGAUCGUGUUGUGAUUAUCGACGACCUUGUGUCGACCGGCGAGACGAAGGUGGAGGCGAUCGAGAAACUGAAGGCCGCCGGACUGGAGGUUGUGGCGAUUGUGGUGCUGGUGGACCGCGAGAUGGGCGCUGGCGCCUUCCUGGGGAAUCUCGGGUACACGUUUGAGGCUGUCGUGGGGCUCUUCCAGCUGCUCCCGUUGUGGAAGCGGAGCGGUGCAAUCUCGGCUGCGCAGGCCGAGGAGGUGAGUCAGUUCCUGAAACAGUUUCAGAGCAAGUUGUAG